AUGCCUCUAACGCAACUUCCACCAGAGAUACUCCUUCAAAUUGGGCAUAUGAUCCACAAAGAAUCAGAUCUUGCUUCUUUCGUCCAAGUCAAUCGUGGUCUAUACCAAACGCUCGUAGCACAACUCUACCUACGCAAUGCAAAAGACUCAGGCGGAACAGCAAUUCUCCAUGCAGCCAGCUCAGGAAAUUGUUUCGCCCUACAGAAAGCCCUUCAAGCCUGGACAGAUGCUAAGAGUCCCGCUAAAUUGCCUGUUAAACCCGACCAGCCGUUGCUUCUAGCAGCGAAAAAUGGCAAUCUACCUGCGGUGAAAAUGCUUUUAGACUAUGGUAUCGACCCGAAUGUUCGAGGCCAGAAAAAAUGCACGCCUCUUAUCGCGGCGAGUCAAUAUGGGCAUACAGCCGUGGUUGCGACACUCCUGGCACACCCGAAUAUCAAAAAGAACGUUUACUCACUGGGCCAAAUAACUCCGAUUAAUAUCGCUACACAAAACGGCCAUACUGAAAUCGUGAAGAUGCUGCUAUCCUCUGGUGCUAAUGCAGGAUUUGCGCGAGAAAAUGGACUAGCCCCUCUUCAUAGCGCUAUCCGAAAUAAAGAUCUUGACUUAGUUCGUCUUCUUGUGAACCGGAAAAACGUUGAUCCUAACGCUAUCUUUGCGGAGAGUCGCUUUUCCGAUCUUACUCCGUUACAUAUCGCAGUUAAGACAAAUGAAGAGGAGCUGGUCAAGAUUCUACUUACGGAUAAGCGGAUCAAUCCAGACAUAAUUGCGCACCCGCUUUCCCAAACACCUUUGUUAGACGCUGUAAUAAAGGACAACGAGGUGAUGGUUCGCCUUUUACUCGAAGCCGGGGCAAGAAAAGAGAUCAAAGAUCGCUCAGGUCUAUCACCUGCUAUGUUACUUGAUGCAGCAAGUGCAAAUGAUCGCAGUGAACUCCUUGGAGCCCGGGCAUGGUUUAUUACAGAUUUACCUCCACUUGGUACGCUGACACGCGAUCGUCCGCCUCAAGACAACCCUUAG